GACAAAUUGAACCAUCUCCGAAUUUUGUAUGGAGAAGGCAACAAAUUCAACGUCCGAAGAGUAUAUUGGCUGCUUGGGUGCUUGAGUCUCUCCAGAUGUACCAAAAAUCAGUCAUUCCUUCGAGAGGAUUGAUGCGCCAAUGCAUAUUGCGUGGCAGAAGCACGAUAUCCACAGAGCUCUUUGUUCGCAGAAAUGUUUCUACUCAUAGCAGUGUGUCAAUAGGGAAAUUCGUCCAAGAAGCUACCAAUCCAGUCAACAAAUCCCAAAUAUACAUAUCACGAACGAACGAUCCAUUCAUUAACUUGUCCAUCGAACACUAUCUUCUGCAGAAGACCCCCGCAGAUUCUACGGUCUUAUUUCUCUACACCAAUGAACGCAGUAUUGUUAUUGGACGAAAUCAAAACCCUUGGAAUGAAGUGAAUCUUGGUCUGCUCGCACAAUCCCCGAUUGGAGAUGUAGCCUUGGUUCGACGCCGUUCGGGGGGAGGAACCGUCUUUCACGAUCUUGGAAAUGUCAAUUACUGUGUCAUAUGUCCUACGUCGCAUUUCGAUCGCGAUAAGCAUGCCGAGAUGGUAGUGAGAGCUUUACAUAAACUUGGUGUUGAUCGUGCUAUGGUUAAUGCUCGACAUGAUAUAGUAUUGAAGCCAACAAACGUGGGUGGAAGUGGGUUUAAAAUAUUCAAGGUAUCAGGUUCGGCCUAUAAGUUAACAAGGGAAAGAUCUCUUCACCAUGGUACUUGUUUACUAAACUCUCCAAACAUUUCAAACAUUGGAAAAUUCCUGAGGUCCCCUGCAAUGAGAUUCAUCACUGCUCGUGGUGUGGAAAGUGUCAGCUCUUCAGUUGCAAAUGUCAAGAUCCAAAACAAGGCAUUCGAAAAAGCAGUAGUAGAGGAGUUCAGUAAGAUGUAUGGUUCUCAAGAACCAAUACUUUUACGGGAGGAUGUCAAAGAAGUUCCCGAGAUAUCUAAAGGUUUGGAAGAGCUUACUUCUUUAGAUUGGAUAUUCUCACAAACUCCCCAAUUUUCAUUCUCAGCAGAUACAUCAAUAAAAAACAAAAAGACGCAGCUUCCGCUUCCCAGAGACUUGCCGCCAGAUUUCAAGGCCAACUUCACGGCACGAAACGGAGCAAUUAUCGAGGCCGAUGUAGAAUAUAAAGAAAAUGGCGAACCGGUCCAAAUUGGGAAGGAACUAGUGAACAAAAAGAUACAUGAAAUCGAGUGGAAUAUGUUCCCUAGUAGCUUUUCUGAGGAACCUUUGAAAUGGCUCAGCAGAUUAUUCUCCCACAAAUUAGUGGAUUGGAGAAAAGAGCGGAGAAGGGAUGCUUGAACUUUCCCAGUAGAAAGCUUAAUGCACCUCUAGAUUGGAACGUUAGUGUCGUCACACAUAACGUUAAACUACGGCUCCAUGAACAAACGUUUCUUUUGCAUGUUCAAUAUACUUAAUAAAUACCCAAUGACAAGUGUCCCUUUUCAUCACAGCCGCAUUGACACUUUGUCAAUACUUUGAAACAACAAAUGUUCACCAAUUGAGGUUCAUCAAAGCGGGAGAUCUGCAACCUAAUUGUUUCGCGUAAUUUCACCCAUGUUUCUUAAAUCAAGAUGACCCCGUAAAACUUGCA